AUGUAUCUAUCACACUAUCUUUAUAUAUCUAAGUUUGGUUUCUUUCUUUCUUGGUAUGAUUUUUAUCUUUAUAUCCAUAUCUUUAUCUAUCUCUCUAUCUAUCUAUCUAUCUCAGUCCCUCUCUCUAGCCCAUCCCUCUCUCUAGCCCAGUUUCGCACUCUCUCUAUCUAUCUCUCUAUCUAUCUAUCUAUCUCAGUCCCUCUCUCUAGCCCAGUUUCGCACUCUCUCUAUCCAUCUCUAUCUAUCUAUCUCAGUCCUCUCUCUAGCCCAGUUUCACUCCUCUCUAUCUAUCUCUAUCUAUCUAUCUCAGUCCCUCUCUCUAGCCCAGUUUCGCACUCUCUCUAUCUCUCUAUCUAUCUAUCUAAGUCCCUCUCUCUAGCCCAGUUUCACACUCUCUCUAUCUCUCUAUCUAUCUCAGUCCCUCUCUCUAGCCUAGUUUCGCACUCUCUCUAUCUAUCUCUCUAUCUAUCUAUCUAUCUAUCUCAGUCCCUCUCUCUAGCCCAGUUUCACACUCUCUCUAUCUAUCUAUCUAUCUCAGUCCCUCUCUCUAGCCCAGUUUCGCACUCUCUCUAUCUAUCUCUCUAUCUAUCUAUCUCAGUCCCUCUCUCUAGCCCAUCCCUCUCUCUAGCCCAGUUUCGCACUCUCUCUAUCUAUCUAUCUCAGUCCCUCUCUCUAGCCCAGUUUCGCACUCUCUCUAUCUAUCUCUCUAUCUAUCUAUCUCAGUUCCUCUCUCUAGCCCAGUUUCGCACUCUCUCUAUUUUCUCUCUCUCUCUCCAUCUCUCUCUUUCUCACUCUAAGUCUCUCACUCUCUCCCUUUCCCUCUAUCUAUCUGUCUCAGUCUCUCACUCUAUUUAUCUAUCUCAUUCUCUCCCUCUAUCAAUGUCAGUCUCUCACUCUCUCCCUCUAUCUAUCUAUCUAUCUCAGUCUCUCCCUCUAUCUAUCUUGAUAUCUCAUCUCUCCCUCUAUCUAUCUAUCUAUCUUGAUAUCUCAGUCUCUCCCUCUAUCUAUCUAUCUAUCUUGAUAUCUCAGUCUCUCCCUCUAUCUAUCUAUCUUGAUAUCUCAUCUCUCCCUCUAUCUAUCUAUCUAUCUAUCUUGAUAUCUCAUCUCUCCCUCUAUCUAUCUAUCUAUCUUGAUAUCUCAGUCUCUCCCUCUAUCUAUCUAUCUAUCUAUCUAUCUCGAUAUCUCAGUCUCUCCCUCUAUCUAUCUAUCUUGAUAUCUCAUCUCUCCCUCUAUCUUUCUAUAUCGGUCUCUCACUCUAUCUAUGUCUCUCUAUCUGUCUCAGUCUCUCAUCCUAUCUAUCUAUCUAUCAAUUUCAGUCUCUCCCUCUCUAUCUAUCUUGAUAUCUCACUCUCUCCCUCUCUAUCUAUCUAUGUCUCUCUAUCUGUCUCAGUCUCUCAUCCUAUCUAUCUAUCAAUUUCAGUCUCUCCCUCUCUAUCUAUCUUGAUAUCUCACUCUCUCCCUCUCUAUCUAUCUAUGUCUCUCUAUCUGUCUCAGUCUCUCAUCCUAUCUAUCUAUCUAUCUAUCAAUUUCAGUCUCUCCCUCUCUAUCUAUCUUGAUAUCUCACUCUCUCCCUCUCUAUCUAUCUAUGUCUCUCUAUCUGUCUCAGUCUCUCAUCCUAUCUAUCUAUUUCAGUCUCUUACUAUCUAUCUAUAUAACUAUCUAUCUAGUUUUGCGUGGCAGGUUAUCACUAUUUUCUUUUUUACUUACAAAAUCUUUAUCUCUUUUUAUUUAUACUUCUCUUAUCUUUACAUUCUAUUUAACCUCUUUCUUCUCCUCUCUCUUUUCUUCUUCCCUCUUUGCUCUAUCUUAUCCUCCUUAUUUCACUCUUUCUUUUCUUCCUUCAUUUUGUCUUUCCUCCGCUCUCUACAUUCUAUUUGUCCUUUUUCUUCUCUUCUCUCUUUUCUUCUUCCCUCUAUCUUAUCCUCCUUAUUUCACUCUUUCUUUUUGUCUUCAAUUUUGUCUUUCCUCCGCUCUCUACAUUUCAUUUAUCCUUUUCUUUCUACUUAUCUAUUCUAUCCUUUUCUACAUCUCGUUUUUCCCUUUCUUUUUUUCUAUUUUCUUUCUCACCCUAUAUUUUAUAUCACAUUUGUCUUUACCUACCUUCCUCUUCUUCAUUCCCUUUUAUCUAUCCAUCUAUUUUCAGCCCUUUUAUCUAUCCAUCUAUUUUCAGCCCUUUUAUUUAUCCAUCUAUUUUCAGCCCUUUUAUCUAUCCAUCUAUUUUCAGCCCUUUUAUCUAUCCAUCUAUUUUCAGCCCUUUUAUCUAUCUUUGACUCUCUAUCUUUUAGCAUUCUCCAUUUUUCUUUCUCACAUUGUUUUUCUUUCUCCAUUUACUGCUUUCAACUUGAUUUCUCACUGUUCCUUUUUUAUACAACUUCCCCUUUCUCUCUUUCUUCUUACUGUUUCUUCAUUCUCUCUUUCUCCUAUGGUUUUCACUCUCUCUCUAACUUUCAUCUUGUUUCUUUUUCUAUUUUUAUGUUUUCUCAAUCACCACCUUUUUCUUACUAUUCUCUUCCCUCAAGGUUUUUUUUUUCUCUCAAUGUUUUCUUCUUUUUUUUCUUGCUAAUCUUUUCUUCUUCUUCUUCCUUUUUCUAUCUAUGUUUUCUUCUCAUUAUUUUUCUUGAUACUCUUUGCCUUUUCUCUUUUUUCUUCUAUCCUUUCUGUUUUCUCCUCUUUUUUGAUAUUCUUUGUGUUCCCUCUCUUUCUUCUCUAUAUGUUUUCUUAUUUUUCUCUCUCUUACUGCUCAUUUUCUUCUUUCUCCCUGCUCACCUUUUCUUUUUAGCUCUUUUUCUUUUUUUUCUAUCCCGACACUGA